AUGACGCUCAUCAGGUCUUCAUCAGGUCUUCAUCAGGUCUUCAUCAGAAGCUCUGAGGCGCAGGAGUACGAUGCUGAGAACCCUUCAUCUCUGCUCCUCAUCGUCACAUUCUUCUUCGCCACGAUGGCAGAGACCGAGGCGAGCGCAGCACAGGCCGUGGACCAGGAUGGUAAAGCUGCAGAGACUAAGCCCACGGAGCCAGAGCCAACCACCACCUCCGACAAGACGCCCGAGCCUGAGGUCAGCGCCGAGGCCAACAGCAAAGACACUGUGAACAAGGAGGAGGUGGUGGCCGACGGAGCUGAAGCCGCAGCUGUCACGGAACCAGCAGAGGCCACAGAUGCAGCAGAGGCCACUGAUGCAGCAGAGGCCACUGAUGCAGCAGAGCAGACUGAAAACACCCAAGGAACCUCAACCGCUGACCACAAGACCUCACUACUGGACUCUUUCCUCCACAAGAGUGGCCUGGGCAAAGUGAUGGGAGGACGCAAGAAGAAAGAGCAGAGCACGACGUCAGGAGCCGAGGAGAGCGUUGCAGAAGGAGGCGAGAAGAGCGAGGAGAAGAUUGAAGAGAAGAGUGCAGAGAAGAGCGAGGAGACCGAGGCCACUGCUGAGGGCGAGGCUGCUGCUGCUGCUGCCGACAAGGACAACGAGAGUUCUGAAAAAGAGGAGGACAAAAAAGACAAGAGCAAAACCGCAGAAACCAAGUCUACAGUCAGAGACUUGAUCCGAAAACCUGUGGCCCGCAUCUUCUCCCAUCGUAGCACUGAAAAAAAGGACAGUUCAGAGCCCUUGAAGAAGGUUCGCUCUAAAUCCUUGGAUCGAAUUGAAGAUGCAGAGGCUCUGAACACCACUGACGCCAGCACAGAGGAAGGAGGAGCUGCAGGAGGAGCAGAGGAGGAGGGCGAGCCCAGAGCCUCCUCCGCCCAGGCCAAACACAUGAAGCGCUGGCAUUCGUUUAAGAAGAUGAUGGCUCAGAAGACUCACAAGAAGAGCAGCGGAGGAGGAGAGGAGGCCGAGGGAGAGGGAGGUGGAGACUCGUCCACACUAGACUCUAAAGAGUCCGGUCAGAAGGGCUGGAAGCUCAAGCGCUCCUGGACAUUCCAGGGCCUGAAAAGAGACCCGUCCAUAGUUGGCAUCAGCAGCAAGGCCAAAGGUUCAGACAAAGAGGCAACUGAGGGUGGCAAAGCAGAGGACGAGGCACAGGAGGCGGCAGGAGAGGCCCCGGCAGAAGGAGCCCAGGGGCCCACAGCAGAGGGAGGAGAGGAAGAGAAAAGCACCACUGCGGGAGUGGGAGCAGUCACUCAACACGCCAACGAGAUCUGGACAUCCUUCAAGAAACGGGUCACCCCCAAGUCUAAGCGCACCAACACAGAGUGUGCCCCGGACGAGGACGCUAUAGGUGAGGAAGGCUCCGAGGAGGGAAAAUCGGCAAAAGCAAAACGCUCCCACUUUGGCCGCGCUGUGUCGCUGAAAAACUUCAUCCUGCGAAAGGGCAAGUCGACAAGCGUGGACAUGGGCGAAGGAGCCAAGGAGGAAGAGGAGGCUGCAGCCGCUGAUGGAGAGGAAGAGGCCGCAGCCAGUACCGAGGCCGCUGCCGAGGGGAGCGAGCAGCCGAACGACGAGCGGGCCCCGACCGAGACCCCUGCAGCAGAGGAGAAGCCCGCCCCGGCAGAGGACGCCCCCGUGGCUAACUGUGAGACUAACGGCUGCUCCAACGGAACCGAUGACAGCGCCCACAAUCACCAUGACGACGAAGACGACAACACCACCACCACUGCCACGACUAACGGCAGUCCCGUCAAGAAAAGCAAGACGGUGGGAGAGGAUGGCAAGAUCAUCAACACUGCAGCGCCAUGCAACAGCGACAAAAAGGCGGAAAACGUGUGA